AUGGCCUGGCGAAGCCAUGGCACCAGUAACGAAACUCUGGUUCAGAACCUUGCCAAAAACAAUCUCAUCAAGUCGGACCGCGUCAAAGAUGCCAUGUUAAAGGUCGACCGCGCACAUUACGCCCCCGCCUCCCCCUACGAAGACUGUCCCCAACCCAUCGGCCACCGCGCCACAAUCUCCGCUCCACACAUGCACGCCUCAGCCUGCGAAUCCCUCCUCGACUACCUGCAACCUGGCUCUAAAGUCCUCGAUAUAGGUUCCGGGUCUGGCUAUCUGACUGCCGUGCUCGCCAACCUCGUUGCUCCGAACGGCUCCGUCAUCGGCAUUGAUCACAUACAGCCGCUGGUCGACAUGGGAAAACAGAAUAUGCAGAAGUCGGAGGAGGGAAGGCACAUGCUGGACUCGGGGCAGGUUAGGUUUGUGUUGGGGGAUGGGAGGAAAGGGUGGGCCGAGGGCGCGCCGUAUGAUGCUAUUCAUGUUGGGGCGGCUGCGGCAGAGCAUCAUCAGACCUUGACGGAUCAGUUGAAGGCGCCCGGGAGGCUGUUUGUGCCUGUUCAGGAAGGUGGACUGCAAUAUAUCUUUGUGAUUGACAAGAAGGAGGAUGGGAGUUUGGUGAGGAAUAAGCUGUAUGGUGUGCGGUAUGUGCCGUUGACCGAUGCACCUGUGUGA